GCUUUGGUGAGUUGCAAAUCUAUGGGUAUAAGUAUCUUGCCGCUUCAUCGUACUUUUUCACUCACUUCAACAGCUCAAUUUCCCCCAAGUUAACCUCCAGCAGCUUCGCACUUGUGUUUCAUCGACAAGUAAGCAGUGUUUGGCUGACAAUAUGCUCGACCUUCGUGGAAUCACCCCUGCGCCAGUCACGCCUUUCACCCGCGAAGGUGCUGUCGACUAUCCUGCAAUCCAGCGACUGGGGUCAUGGCUCGGUAGCAUAGACGGAGUCAAAGGCCUAGUGGUCCUUGGGCAUGCUGGCGAGGGCACUUUCCUAACGGCCGAGGAACAAGUUAACGUCAUCAAGGCCUUCGUCCAGUCCGUGGACAACAAAAUCCCUAUCAUCGCAGGCAUUACCGGCGAAGGCACGGAGGUUGCAGCCUACGAAGCCAAGCGCGCAAAGGAUGCCGGUGCGGCUGCCGGUCUCCUGUACCCUUCUCACGGCUGGCUCCGAUUUGGAUACCAGCCUGGUGCGCCUCAGGAUCGGUACAAAGUCAUCUACGAAGUCAGCAAGCUUCCUCUCAUCUUGUUCCAGUACCCAGACAACACGAAAGCGACAUAUAGCUUGCAAACCAUGCUCGACAUUGCCGCCCUUCCAGGAGUUUUCGCUAUGAAGAACGGCGUCAGGAACAUGCGCCGCUGGGACACGGAGAUCCCAGUGAUCCGCAAGCAACGCCCGGAUCUACAGAUCUUAACCUGCCAUGAUGAGUACCUACUGCACACUGUGUUUGAUGUGGAUGGAAUGCUGGUCGGCUACGGAAACAUUGCGCCGGAGGCUCUUUUCGAGCUGCUAAAGGCUGGAAAGGCGCAAGAUUACCCCCGAGCUCGUCAGGUCCAUGAUCAGCUUUUGCCAGUCACGAAAAGCGUUUACCACAGAGGCUCGCAUAUGGAAGGUACGGUGGCGCUCAAGCAUGCGCUCGUGGCGCGUGGCAUCCUCGAGCACGCAACGGUAAGAAGCCCUCUGCUCCCUCUACCGGAUGGCGCAGAACAGGAGAUCCAUGAGGCAGUGAAAGCAGCAUCAUUGAGCCGCGUGAGUGGUACGUCCAAGGGUUCGCAGGGUACCAAAGGUGUGAGCAAGGUGAAUGGACUCCAUGCACAGAGCAAUGACGUUGCUGUCUCAGCAUGAUAGCGUUCGUUCUGCAUACGUGCGUGCUUUCGCUUAUGAAACCCAGGUUACCUCA